AACUGACGUCUAGCUUCCGUUUCCGCUCACGGCAACCUCAUCUCCUCCUGAGCGUUUUGCUGUGAGUUGGAAAUGGCGGCCUUGGAGUCGGAGAUACGCGAUCUCGAAAUGGAAGAUGGUGACACUUCAGACAGAAGUGCAGUGGAGGAAAAUGGUGAAGUUUCUGAAGAAGAGCAACAGCAGAAUAAGCACAGUAAACACAAAAAGAAGAAACACAAGCAUCGGAGUAAGCACAAGAAACACAAGCAUUCAUCUGAAGAAGACAAGGAUAAAGACAAAAAACACAAACAUAAACACAAACACAAGAAGCACAAAAGGAAAGAGGUUACUGGUAAUGACAAAGAUGACAUUUCCCCUUCAAAGAGGGCUAAACUGGAUGACUUUGCUUUGUUGGAAGACUUGGAGAAACAGAGAGCUAUGAUUAAAGCUGAGCUUGACAAUGAAUUAAUGGAAGGUAAAGUUCAGUCUGGUAUGGGAUUAAUUUUACAAGGCUACAACUCUGGUUCAGAGGAGGAAGGCGAAAUUAAUGAAAAAGCCCGCAAUGGGAAAAAAUCUUCCAAGUCAAAUGCCAAGGGGAAGCAAGAGCUUGACUCCAAAAUUAGUUUAAAAAGGAGGAGCAAGAGUAGGUCCAACGAGAAGACAAAACACAAGUCGGAGAAGAAAAAGCCUAAAGCCAAUUCUGAAGCUGUUAAAGAAAAAGUACCUAGGAGCAAAUCGAAGGAGAAGAGAAAGUCCAAAAGCCCAGCCAGAAGAAAUAAGUCUCAAGAUCACCUGAAAAGGUCACCAGUACUGCGGCGUCAGUCCCCAGAAAAAAAUGUAAAAUCAAAGUCUCCUCCUCCAGAUGAAAGGAUAAAAAUAAGAGACAAGAAGAAAUCUCCAGUAGCCAGUGAAAGCAGAGGCCGAGAUCGAAGCAGGAAGUCUAAAUCUCCUGCAGCUGGAAGAAGCAAAUCUAAAGAGAGACGGUCAAGGUCAAAAGAGAAGAAAACCAGGAGAUCAGAUGGAGAGAGGGACAAGAAACCUCUUAAAUCUCCUACCAAAGAUGCCUCUUCUGGAAAAGAAAAUCGUUCACCAGGUCGUCGGGCAGUCCGCAGUCCACGAGCAAGAAGCCUGACUCCUAAACAACGUGAUAGGACUUUGAGGCAUAGCAGAUCUCCACUUCCACACGAUCGAAAGGCUAAAUCCCCACCUCGAAUACAGUCACCCUCCCGGAGAGCAAAAAGCAAAUCACCUGAAAGGAAAAGAAGAGAGAUGGAGAGGAGGCGGCUAUCAUCUCCAAGGACGCGAUCUAGAGAUGAUGCUCUUGCAAGACACGAUCGAUUAAAAGAUUCCAGCCCACCAAGAUGGUCCCCUUCAAGAAGACGGCCAAGUAGGUCUCCAAUUAGGAGGAGGUCUCGUUCACCGCUCAGGAGAAGCAGAUCUCCCUGGAGACGAAGCAGGUCUCCUCAUAGGCGAGAUCGUAAUCGAAGAAGUAGAUCCCGUCUUAGGAGGAGGUCACACUCUCGAGGAGGACGUGGUCGAAGAAGGAGAAGCAGAAGCAAAGAUAAAGAAGAUAAAUUUAAAGGAAGCCUUUCUGAAGGAAUGAAAGUGGAACAGGAGUCUUCAGAUGAAAAUCUUGAGGACUUUGAUGUUGAAGAAGAGGAUGAAGAAGCUCUUAUAGAGCAGAGACGACUGCAGAGGCUGGCAAUUGUACAGAAAUACAAGUACUUGAAUGACGACAGCAAUAUGUCUGUGCCUUCUGAGCCCAGUAGCCCACAGAGCAGUUCACGAAGUCGAUCAGCCUCUCCAGAUGACAUUCUAGAAAGAGUUGCUGCAGAUGUUAAGGAAUAUGAAAGGGAGAAUGUAGACACAUUUGAGGCUUCUGUGAAGGCCAAACACAACCUCAUGACUGAACAGAAUAAUGGAGCUGCACAGAAGAAAAUAAUGGCUCCUGACAUGUUCACGGAAUCUGAUGAUAUGUUUGCAGCAUAUUUUGAUAGUGCUCGAUUUAGAGCUGCUGGCAUUGGAAAAGACUUCAAGGAAAACCCCAACCUGAGGGAUAACUGGACUGAUGCUGAAGGAUACUAUCGCGUCAACAUAGGAGAGAUACUGGAGAAACGUUACAAUGUGUAUGGAUAUACGGGCCAGGGUGUAUUCAGUAAUGUUGUACGUGCCAGAGAUAUGGCAAGGGCAAACCAGGAAGUUGCUGUGAAAAUUAUCCGCAACAAUGAGCUUAUGCAAAAAACAGGCCUCAAAGAAUUAGAGUUCUUGAAGAAGUUGAAUGAUGCGGAUCCAGAUGACAAGUUCCACUGUUUGAGGUUGUUUAGGCACUUCUAUCACAAGCAGCACUUGUGUUUAGUAUUUGAGCCACUCAGCAUGAAUUUGCGAGAAGUGUUGAAGAAAUAUGGAAAAGAUGUAGGUCUUCAUAUCAAAGCAGUACGCUCAUAUAGUCAACAACUUUUUCUGGCUUUGAAACUACUGAAAAGAUGUAAUAUACUUCAUGCGGAUAUUAAGCCUGAUAACAUACUGGUAAACGAAUCCAAAACAAUUUUGAAACUUUGUGACUUCGGUUCUGCAUCUCAUGUUGCCGAUAAUGAUAUAACACCAUAUCUUGUCAGUAGAUUUUAUCGAGCUCCCGAAAUCGUCAUUGGAAAACUGUAUGACUAUGGUAUAGACAUGUGGUCUGUUGGCUGCACCUUAUAUGAACUUUACAAUGGAAAGAUCUUGUUUCCUGGCAAAACCAAUAAUCACAUGCUAAAAUUAGCAAUGGACCUUAAAGGAAAAAUGCCAAACAAGAUGAUUCGGAAAGGUGUCUUUAAAGAUCAGCAUUUUGAUGCAAAUCUCAACUUCAUGUACAUCGAAGUAGAUAAAGUUACAGAAAGGGAAAAAGUUACUGUUAUGAGUACCAUUAACCCCACCAAGGAUCUACUGGCAGAUUUAAUUGGUUGCCAGCGGCUUCCAGAAGAUCAGCGUAAAAAAGUCCAUCAGCUCAAGGACUUAUUGGAUCAGAUUCUAAUGCUAGAUCCAGCCAAACGAAUAAGCAUUAACCAAGCUCUCCAACACCCAUUUAUCCAGGAAAAGAUCUGAAAUAUGGCAAAUGGUUUGGCUAGUUCACACGUCAGGACUGAAGACACGUUCACAGCAGCCUGUUAAUGUAUAUAAACAUAAAUAUUUCCCCUGAAAACUUUGAAAGCAUGAAAUUUUUUUUUCUUUUUUUUUUUUUCUGAAGAAAGUUGUCUGACACAAAUUUUGUUACCUGUACAACUUUUCCGCCACAGUAGUGAUUGUCUGUAAACUGCAUAAAAUGUCACUUAUGCAGUUUGUGUGAGGGGAAAAAAAAUUAUAUUUGUUUAAAAACAAAAUUUCAAUUGAAUGCGUGGAUGUUAAUAUUUUAUUUUUAGCAGUCACGGCUCAUAUAUAGAUGUAUAUCUUUUAUUUUUAUGUUUUGCGAGAAAACAUGACCAGCAUAAAUGCUGUUUAUAUUCACGUUUUCCUAGGUUGUGUGCGCAGGCCUCAGCAGCAUGCCCUUGGUGUAGUCAGUGCCGAAAGGGGGCCUAUUUCUUCUUGAGCCUUCCUGCAGGGAUGGUGUCCUCUUUUAAAGCAGGUUGCGUACAACUUUCAGUACACUGAAGGGCAUAUACGCUCCACUCUUGAACAAAAGCAGCUGCUUUUUAUAAGCGGUAAUUGCUUCUUUACCUUUUUAUUUGAUUUGUAAAUGAAUCUUUUCUUUAAACAAAAAUGUUAAAAAAAUGUUCUUUCGCAUAAACAGUUGAGCCUCACUUAUUGUAAAGUGAAGAUUGUUCUGCUGCAUGUACAGAUAACCAUGCAGAUAUCUGUAUGUUUUCAGUAUGCAUCAUUAGAUAAUAAAGUCUUUUGUGAAAAA